AAACAAAUCCAGUUCACCAGAUUAGAGUCAUGUGGAGGAGCGGGGAAUCGAACCUUGUUUUCCCAGUUAGAGUCCACCUGCUCUUAACCACUACACCAUGAUCGCUGCAAUUUAGAGACAGAAAAUGAAUCGAGGCAGAUGAAAGAAGUGAGAAGCACAGUUUGAUAUGGGUCUGUCUCUAGUGAUAAGAUGAUCUUUGUCACCUAGAAAUCAGUGGUAAUAGUGGGAGAUCUCCUGCUCUCCCUUAUUGGGGAUAGUAGGGUUUGAACCUGUGUACAAGGCUAUCCCAGAUCUGUGCCCCCUGCCAAUACGGAAACACCUGUAUCUGAUAUGGCAAAGCCAGACACCCAGUCCAAACUGCACUCCAGAUAUUGGAGCACUGCUUUGAAAAGUUUGUUGGGGCCAAGUCCCUGAAGGCACUGAGACGGUGCAUUUGUUUGUUUGUUCCAACAAAAAGCAGCCUCUUUACUGAGUGAAAAGUCUCCACCUGAGGCACACGCCCCACCCUUUUCCUUGUACCUGGGCCUGAGAAACCUAUCCCGAAGCAGCUAUUCUGACUGACAGCUCUGUUGUCACAUCCACACACCUUUAGAUCCACAUAAAAUGCUCCAGCGGCCUUCAGCGUCCCCUGCUCUGGCCCGAGGCUCUCCUGCCGUUCCUCUGGGCUUCUGUUUUCGCUGAAGAGCCAGGAGGGCAGUGAAGCCAUGGCGAGGUUCAACCUGAUGGCGAGGAACACGGACAUGCGCUGGCGCCUGCCGCUGGUGUGUCUCCUUUGGGAGGUGGCCAUGGUCAUCCUCUUUGGGGUCUUCGUGCGCUUUAACCCAGAAGCCGACGCAGCCGGCUGGCCGGAGGAGAAGUACCAGAAGAACAUCACCAGCGACGCUGAGAAUGACUUCUACUUCAGAUACCCAUCUUUCCAAGAUGUCCACGUGAUGAUUUUCGUGGGCUUCGGCUUCCUCAUGACGUUUCUGCAACGCUACGGCUUCGGAGCCGUCGGCUUCAACUUCCUCCUGGCUGCCUUUGGGAUUCAGUGGGCUCUCUUGAUGCAGGGCUGGCUCCACACCUUUGAAAAUGGGAAGAUACUCAUUGGGAUUGAAAGCUUGAUUGGAGCCGAUUUCUGCGUGGGCUCCGUCUGCAUCGCGUUUGGGGCUCUUUUGGGCAAGGUCAGCCCCGUGCAGGUGCUCAUCAUGACUUUGUUUCAAGUCACCCUCUUCUCUGUGAAUGAAUACAUCCUGCUGGAUCUGCUCCACGUUAAAGAUGCCGGUGGAUCAAUGACCAUCCACACUUUUGGCGCUUACUUUGGUCUAACCGUAACCGCCAUCUUGUAUCGACCCAACCUGGAACAGACCAAAGACAAGCAGGGCUCUGUCUACCACUCGGAUCUCUUCUCCAUGAUCGGCACCCUCUUCCUAUGGAUGUACUGGCCCAGCUUCAACUCGGCCAUCUCCGAUCGGGGGGACGCCCAGCACCGAGCCGUCAUCAACACGUACUGCUCUCUGGCGGCCUGCGUCCUCACCACCGUGGCCUUCUCCAGCGUGCUGGAAAAGAAAGGCAGGCUGAAUAUGGUCCACAUCCAGAAUGCUACCCUGGCCGGGGGUGUGGCUGUCGGGACUGCUGCGGAGAUGAUGCUGACCCCAUAUGGAUCCCUCAUCAUUGGUUUUAUGUGUGGCAUCGUCUCUACUGUUGGAUUUGUCUUUCUCACACCUCUCUUAGAGUCCAAGCUGCGUAUCCAAGACACGUGUGGCAUCCACAACUUACAUGGCAUGCCGGGGCUAAUUGGGGGCAUCGUGGGAGCUGUCACAGCUGCUGCCGCUACAGAGGGAGUCUAUGGAUAUGAAGGGCUGAUCCGUGCUUUUGACUUUACUGGUGUUUACGCAUCCAGGACGCCUAGUAUCCAAGGGGGGUAUCAGGCAGCUGGCAUUGCUGUCUCCUUGGGCAUGGCCUUGGUGGGCGGGGCCAUUGUAGGUACCAUUUUGAAAUUGCCAUUCUUUGGCGAUCCGACGGACGAAAACUGCUUUGAUGAUGAUGUCUAUUGGGAGGUGCUUGAAGAUGAGGAGGCUAGCUUGUAUUCCAUGCAGGAUUCCAACAAAUCUGGGACCAGCUCUUAAUCCAUCUUUCUGAUCGUGGCCAAGUUUUAGAGUGGGACAUUGCUGAUGACCACGCCCAACUGGCCUCUCCUGCUGGGCUUCUCUGCCUGUGAUUCGUGGUCUCCUUCUACACCCUCUGGUUUCCUCAUGGAGGAGGGGUUUGUGGUUUGUCUGGAAAAGAAGGCAUCCACAACCCCAUCCUCUACACCCAUACGCCUGGAUAUAAAUAUUAUUUAUGGAGUAACCUAUGGCCUUAUUUUUCUAUUCCUGCAUCAGGAUUCUUUGGCAGGUCAGCCUCGGAGAGAGAGAGAGUAUAUAUUCUUCCUUUAUUUUUCCAUUUAUAUCCCACCCUCCCAUAGGGCUCAGGGCGGCGAACAAUCGAUAACCAUAAAACAGUAUGACAUACAUAAAAUCCAA